AUGGGUCUCGUUUGUUCGAAAACAUCGAAAAAGCCGGCCCAAGUGUCGCCCGUUAAUAAUAACGCGAAUAACAAUAUUGGACAAGAUAAACAGCCGGUAAGUGCAAAGAUAGUACUAUAUGAGAGGGAAAUCACGGCUAAAAAAAUUAUAGACCUAAAAAUGAAGUUUAGGCUUAAAACUAAAACUAAAUUUUAGGCUUUAGGAUUGAAUUUUAGGUGCAAAAUGACAUUUUAGGCUUAAAACUAAAAUUUUAGGUUUACAAUCGAAAUUUUGGGCUUAAAAUUAUAUUUUAUGCUUAAAAAUUGAACUUUAGGCUUACAAAUAAAAUUUUAAACUUAAAGUUAUAUUUUAGACUUACAAACAAAAUUUUAGGCUUAAAACUGGAUUUUUUGCUUAGAAUGAAACUUAAGCACAAAUAUAAAAUAUCAAGCUUAAAAAUAAAAUUUUAAGCUUAAAAUAAAUUUUAGUUUUUUUAAUAUUAAGGCUUAUAUUAUUUUAGAUCAAAGCCACCGAAACGCCUCAAACAGAAAACAAAGAAAAUGCGCCAGUUGCACCCAUAAGAGCUCCAACGCCAAUCCUAAAGAAUUCUACACGACCAGAUGGUGAAAAUAAUGGAAAUAAUGUCAUUAUCACUGCUUCGAAUAUUCCAAAAACUAUCAAAAUCGGAUUUUUAGGUAACAUUUUUUAAUUUUUUUCAAUUUUUUAGCGUUUUUUUUAUUUAGCUGACUUUUUUGAAAUUUCAGUAGUCUUUUGUAAAAAAAUAAGUAGGGUGUUAUUGUGCACUUUAAUGUUAUGUUAUUAACUUUGUUUACAAAUUACAGGAUUUAUAAAUUAAUUUACAAAAAAAAGCGAAUUUAAUUAUUAGUUAUGUUUAAUAAAUGGUUUUUAGGUACUUGUGAAAGCGGAAAGAGCACGAUAUGUCAGCAAGCACGGUAAGAGGCAUACACUUUUAUAAUGCUUUAUUAAGUUUUUUAGGAUUAAAACUAAAUUUAGGCUUAAAAAACUUAGGGCUUAAAAGCUUAUUGUGUGUUAAGUUUAAAUGAUAGUAAUAUUGGGCUCAAAACUGAUGUUUUGGCUCAUUUUUAAGCAUCAAAUUGGCAUUUAGGGCCGUAUGUCGAUUAAAAACUGAACUUUCAGGUUAUUAACAAAAGCAGCCCCUCACGAAAUGGAACUACGACAUAGGCCAGCUUACAUACGACAACUACUGUUCACUGCAAUGACAUGUUUAUUGGAACACACGAAAAAGAUUGGGUACACAAUUCCAGUGGAAUGUCAAGUAAGCUUGAACUUUUAUUUUUUUGAAAUUUAGGGUGAGAUCGAUUUUUUAAAAUAAAAAAAUUUUUAAAUUUGUAUAUAUGUACAUCAUGUUAAAAAUAACAAUAGUAUUGGAUGACUUUUAGAAGUACGUUGACUUAAUAGAAAACAAUGACAACAGUGCUGGACUGUUGAUUCGAAAAGAAGAAAAAGAAGCGUUUGAAAAGCUAUGGCAAGAAGAAACGAUACAGAAUGCUUACAUUCGAAGGGCUGAAGUCAAUAUGAACGACUCUGUGAAGUAGUAAGUUACGAUACAUAAACUUGGUAUAGUGCAUGAUAAAAAAAUAUGUCAGAAGAUGAUUGAAGAACGAUAAAGACAUGGCUAGCCUACGGUGUUUACAUUAAGGCUAAUAAAGUGAUAGCAUAGGCAUAGCUAGGCUAGGAAACUGGUGGUAUAGGAAUGACAAGGCUAGGAAAAUGACUAUUUUAAUCCUAUGAGAAAUAUAAAGCUAUCCCAUUAACAAUGUUGAAUAAAAAGCGUACUUUCAGCUUCUUUAACAACAUUCACAGAUUUGCUGAUUUAAAUUUUGUGCCAUCACAAGAAGACUUAGUUAUGUUAUACGUGCCAACAGUUGGAGUACGACAAGAAAGCCUAGAAGUCAAUAACCAGUCAUUUUUGUAAGUCAAUUUCAUUUUUUUUAUUUUAAAGUUUUAAGUCUACUGUACAACCUUAGGCUUAUAAUUUUGCUUUGUUAUUAGAAAAUGUUUCUUAAGCCUAGUGUUUAGUCUUAGGUUUAGAAAUUGUUUCAAUUUUUAUUUUUUAAGAGUAAAAUUUUAAAUUUAAAAAUUUUUUUACAUUUUUUCAGAAUAUACGACUUUUCUGGUCGAUUAAUGGAGCGGAAGCGUUGGUUGUCAUUAUAUGACACUUUUGAUGCCAUUUUCUAUAGUAUAGCCAUAUCGGAGUUUGAUCAGCGUUUUGAAGAUUCAAGUGGAAAACAUUCAAAAUUACAGUAUGCGUUGGACAUGUUUGAACAAGUCUGUAAUGAGGAGAAGGUUAAGAACGUGCCGAUUUAUGUGUUUUUAAAUGAAACUGACGUUUUGGCUGAGAAAAUGGAGCGGCUGGAGUUGAAGGCUUACUUCCCUGAUUAUAAUGGUAAGCCUAAACUUAUUAUACAUUUUUUUAACUCAUGCUUUAUUUUGAUGAUUAAAUUUAGGCCUUUCAAGGUUUAAUAACUUCAAAUUCAAUUUUUUGCUUAAUGUUUUAUUUUUAAGCCUAAACUUUCUUUUAAGCCUAAAUUUCAUUUUUAAUCUAAAAUUUCACUUUUAAGCCUAAAGUCUCAUUCUAUGCCUAAACUUGUUUUCAGGUUCAUCAGAGAAAGACGCAGUUGAUUUCUUCUCAGACUACUGUAUAGCCAAGGGCAAAACUCGACCGGGGGGUGUCUGGGUGUACCCUACUGUGGGAAUCAAUGGUAAAAAGACGCAACGGACUUUAAAUGAUCUUUUCAAGAAAUUAUAA